UCCUUGGAGGUUGGAUUGCCACAACACCUUUAAAUUGUUGGGUUUGAGUCCGACACGAUGAGUUAUUAGUUGCGAGUAAGAUAUAAAAUAAUAAUAAAAAAAAUGUUGGAUAAAUAAUUUUUUAAUAUUGUUAUUAAUCCCGGUUUAAAAUAUGUGACUCAUGAAAUUUUUUUAUUUAACUUUUCAUGGAACCUGAGUUUAAAAUUAAAUUAUAUAAAAAUAAUUGCUUUGUAGUGAUUUAUUUUACUUGAUUGAUCUAAAAAUAAUUUAAUUAUUUGAUAAAAAAAUUUAAGGAUAAAAUUAAAAAAAUAAAAAUUAACAUAAAAAAAUUAUCCAGUUAAAUUGACAAAUAUAAAUAUAAUAUAUGAAAUAUAUGGAGGUGGAGUGUUGGAGUAUUUCUAUUAAUGAAAAAUUAUUUAUUUAUAUUAUAUAAAAAAAUAUACAAUCAAACCAAUUUCUUGAUUUAAUACAAGUCAAAAGCGGUGAUAAAAAAAAAACCUUCACCAUUCAUUCAUAUGAAUAUUCAUAUAAGCACCAUAAAAAAUGCCAUGAUAAAAUAAAUAAAUCAUUACCAUGCUUCAAUUCCUUCAUUUAAUUUUAAUAUUUUCAACUCUAUUCACCAAAUGAUCUCUCAAAUUAAUUAUUAUAGUAUAGAUGACUUGUUUAAUAUUAUCCUGGCAUUAAAUGAAAAAUGAAGAUUUUCUUUGAAGUGGCAAGUUUAAUUUGAAAGUCAGCUAUUCAAUUUUUUUUUGAUUAGUUGAUCAAAUAUAUUUCAAAGAUUUGAAAUACAAUUUCAUGUAGCUAAUCUCAAACUCCUACAUUAUCUUUGUUUUUUUGUUCUUUUUUAAUUUUAAUCUUAAUUUUUGGUCCUAAAAAUAUCAAAAACAAGAACAGCUUCUUUUCUAUUUGCAUGGACUUCACUCUUUAGCUUCACUCUCUAUCUCUAAUCAUGGCAUGCAACACAUCAUCUAUUUAACAACAAGAUAUCAAAGCACACCUCAUACUUGCUUUGAUUGUUGUCCUUACUGUUCUCUUUUGGUCAUCAUCGUUGCUUGGAUCAUCUAUCUCUGUCGCCGAAAAUCGAAACCUUUCAAGCCCCAUUUUCGCUUAUCGAACCCCCUUUCGACGAAAGACUUUAAAAAUUCUUGCACUACUCCUUCCAUGGAUAAAAGGUUUUUGUCGCAUCGAAUCUCGGAGGUUGAAAUGAAGAAUGCGAAGUUAGACCGUCAACUGGUGAUGUGAUCUGAACAAUGGUCUAAUAUGAGUAGUGCUGCGAUCACAACUCAAUGGAGUGGUAAUGUAGCUUAUUUGGAUUCUAGUCACUCUUCUGUGGUUCCUGAUACAUGGAGGGGAGACCGGAUUGCUUUGAAGGAGAUUGAGGUUGUUGCGGAUGGUUUUGCUGAUAAGAAUCUGAUUGGAAGUGGAAAUUGUGGUGUUGUGUAUCGCGGCGUGAUGUUGGAUGCUACCAGAGUGGUGCUUAAUUUUGAAUCUCUGUUAGAAGAUAUAUGAUUUAUUGAUUACAUCAAAUCAUGCAUGUUAGAUUACUGAAAACAAAGAAAUUGUGCAUUUCAGAAUUUUGAGUAGUUUGUUGAUGAACUAAUGAUUAAUCAUCAGUUGCCAAGCUGAGGACUUCACAGCAAGGGUCGCACGAGAUGAACUUUUCGUUUCUUUUUUUCCGAAUGCCUGAUAAGUUCCUUUUCAGAAUCUAUACUAAAUUGUUAUUUAUCUCAAUCUUCUGCUUGUUUCUCCCUUCUAUUAGAAUUCUUGUGAGCGACUAUGUUGAUAAUGGUAAUCUGCAUCAAUGGCUUUAUGGAUUUUCUGAACAAGUCAGCCCUCUAACAUGGGCUAUACGGAUGAGCAUCAUCCGAGGAAUAGCUAAAGGAUUAGCCUACCUUCCCGAAGAUAUCGAGCCAAAGAUUAUUCAUCAGAACCUAAAAUCUAGCAACAUAAUGCUUGAUCGCCAGUGCAAUCCUAAGAUAAAUUAUUUUGGGAUCACUAACAAUUCACUCAAUGGAAACAUCUGGUUAUCUAGCUCAAGCAAACAAAUCUGCUGGAGUUCUGAGUGAAAAGAGCGAUGUUUACAGCUUUGGAAUACUUGUCAUGGAGAUCAUAUGUGCUCGAGUUCCUGUAGAUCACAAUCGGCCUCAAGUUUUUUUGGUUGACUGGUUAACUUCCAUGAUUGCAAAUAAACAAAUUGCGCUUGUGGUGGAUCCUAAAUUGCCAGAUAUGCCACCUUCCAAGGAACUAAAACGAAUGCUUUUGCUCGCUCUUCGCUGUGUGUCGAUCGUGAUAUAAAGCAGAGGCCUGCAAUGGGAGAUGUGAUCCACAUGCAUGAGCCUCGCGACUUAUUGCUUGAUGAUGCAAGAACUAAGAAUAUUGUCUUCUUAAAACUUCAGAACACGUUGGUUUUAUUAGUCCGAUUAUAUGAUGCAGGAUCGUCGAAAAGGAGAGAUGGCUCAUCUCGUCGAAAAAAGCAGCAAGAGAGUCACACUGUUGCCAAAUUUGGUGAAGGUGAUUUUAGUACACAUGAGAAAGAAAGAAAGAAAGGAAGAAAGAAAGAAAGAUUAAUCUACACCAGAAAAUCACGCCGGUGUAAGAAGAUUUUGUUCCUAAAAGAUCAUGGAUAAUCUGACUUCUGAGAGGUUGUGGACAUCUUUUAUUCAUCUGCAGAGAUGAAGCUAUGAACUUUCUGUUCAUCUGUAGUCACUUUUAUCAUGAGUUAAAUCAAUAAUUUUGUCCAUUCAAU